CUUGAGCAUGCGUGGAAGGUGCUGUGAAGGUCCUCCCGGUUGUGGCUGGUGGCCUUCGGUGUUUCGGGCUUGGCAGUUCACUCACCAAGAUCUGAUGGAAUGCACUUCGCACGAUUCCAAGUGCUUGCCUAAUGUUCGUCCUUUCCUCUAGACUGGGUAGGGCUGGUUCUGGAUCUUUUUCCGCUGUAGCUGGAGAGACGUAGGACCUGAUAGCUACUAGAUGCCUGGUAAAUGAUCCUUCAAGAAGUGAAUGAGCCGGGGGCCGUGGCUCACAUGAAGUCAGCAGUUCGAGACCAGCCUGACCAAUAUGGUGAAACCCCGUUUCUACUAAAAAUACAAAAAUUUGCUGGGCGUGGUGGCGUGCGACUGUAGCCCUAACUACUUGGGAGGCUGAGACAGAAGAAUUGCCUGAACCCGGGAGGCGGAGGUUGCAGUGAGUUGAGAUCGCCCCACUGCACUCCAACCUGGGCAACAGAGCAAGACUGUCUCAAAAAAAAAAAAUUUAAGCCGGGCACGGUGGCUCACGCCUGUAAUCCCAGGACUUUGGGAGGCCGAGACGGGUGGAUCACAAGGUCAGGAGAUGGAGACCAUCCUGGCUAAUACGGUGAAACCCCGUCUCUACUAAAAGUUACAAAAAAUUAGCCGGGCGUGGUGGUGGGUGCCUGUAGUCCCAGCUACUCGGGAGGCUGAGGCAAGAGAAUGAAGCAAGUGAACCCAGGAGGCGGAGCUUGCAGUGAGCCAAGAUGGAGCCACUGCACUCCAGCCUGGGCGACAGAGCAAGACUCAAAAAAAAAAAAAAAAAUUUUAAACAAAAAUCUUUUGGCAUGUUUUUUUCCUUCUCCCUUUAGGGACAAAGGAUUCCCUUCUCAUGAUUAUCCUAAGAUCUAAGGUUAUUCUCUUUGCCUCCCAGGGUGGAGGGUGGCAGGUGCCCUUGCAUUUACUUGAUUCCAGACUCCUCUUUGAUAAGGGCCUGAGGGCACCUCAUUCCGCCAGUUUAUGUUGCCACCUCAAUGAAUCGCUGGCUGUGAGUCAGGAAUCCCUACACAAUCCAUUUAAAUGACUGUGGCAGGGCCUCUUCUCCUGUGGAAGCUGAAGGUGUGGGCACGUCCAUCUCCGAUGAAAUGCGAAUGGGGCUCUGGGCAUGCAGGGGAAGGCAGAGAACUCAAGAGGCAGAAAAAGAAGCUUAUAACUAAUUACACCGACUCCGCAAUUACGACUAACGUUGGGGCCGAACUCUGCUGUGAAAGUCAUUAACAUUUAGGUGAAACAAAGCUUCCAUUUUCAAUCGGCCUAACUCUGGUAUUAGCGUUGGCAGGGGCCGUGCAGGAGGGGCAGUGAGCAGUUGUGACCGCGUUGCCGACAGAGGGUGAGGGAGCUGGGCGCGUGGUGCGGGCGCCGAAGUCGCGAGCUGAAGAGCUUUAAAACCUCUCAAAACACAGAACUAUCAAUCAAGUAGGACCAGACUGUGUCCCUAGGGAAGGUCGCAGAUUUAAGGCUGCGAGGACAAGGGCAAAGAAGUGCGAAGCGUUCGGGUGGACAUUCAGGCCGGCCCAGCGCAGACGCCUGAGAGGGGUGCCCAGCAGCCCCCGCAGGUCUCCGCCGCGCCCCCUCCCCCCCCACAGCGCCCAGGCGCCCGCAGGGCACAGGGAUCGGCACCAGCCUGGGACGUGCCCUUCACGCUGUUGCCUGUGAUUGGUGGUCCUGACCCGGGGCGUGGCCCCAAGGGAGGCAUUUAGCCCUACUGGGGAAGCGCGCGCAGGCCCACGGCCUCUGCUCCGCCCCCAGCUGGCCUGUAAUUGGCGCACUCGGCCCAAGGGGCGGGUGUUCAGGCGCGGCUGCGCGCGCAGCUGCGGCGGCCCUUCCUAGUGCGCCAGCUGUCACCGCCAUGGCUGUCCCGUGUUUCCUGCGGCAAGGACGAGCCGGGGCGCUGAAGACUAUGCUCCAGGAAGCCCAGGUGUUUCGAGGACUUGCUUCUACGGUUUCUUUGUCUGCGGAAUCAGGGAAGAGUGAAAAGGGUCAGCCGCAGAAUCCCAAGAAGCAAAGUCCACCAAAAAAUGUAGUGGAACCAAAGGAGAGGGGCAAGCUCCUAGCCACCCAGACAGCAGCUGAAUUGUCUAAAAACUUAUCUUCACCCAGUUCUUACCCGCCAGCUGUGAACAAGGGCGGGAAGGUAGCUAGUCCCAGUCCCAGUGGCAGCGUGCUGUUCACAGAUGAAGGGGUUCCGAAAUUUUUGUCAAGAAAGACUUUGGUAGAGUUUCCACAGAAAGUUCUGUCUCCAUUCAGAAAACAGGGCUGUGAUUCAGAAGCUCGUCAGGUGGGUCGGAAAGUGACGUCGCCUUCAUCUUCAUCCUCGUCUAGCUCCUCUGAUUCUGAAUCUGAUGACGAGGCUGAUGUUUCAGAGGUCACUCCUCGAGUGGUGAGCAAAGGCAGAGGGGGGCUUCGAAAACCAGAGGCCUCUCAUUCCUUUGAAAACAGAGCCCCCCGAGUUACAGUAUCAGCAAAAGAGAAAACCUUGCUGCAGAAGCCGCAUGCGGACAUGACUGAUCCAGAGAAGCCCCACCAGCCAAAGAAGAAAGGGCCCCCUGCUAAGCCAUCAGAAGGCAGGGAAGAUGUGAGACCAAAAACCACAAUCCCCAGAUCUCAAGUAGAUGAAGAGUUUUUGAAGCAAAGUUUAAAGGAAAAACAAUUGCAGAAAACAUUUAGAUUAAAUGAAAUAGAUAAAGAAAGCCAAAAGCCAUUUGAAGUUAAAGGACCCUUACCUGUCCACACAAAAUCAGGGUCAUCUGCGCCACCGAAGGGCAGCCCAGCACCUGCUGUGCUGGCAGAAGAGGCCAGAGCAGAGGGGCAGCUGCAAGCCAGUCCUCCUGGGGCGGCAGAGGGGCAUCUGGAAAAACCCGUGCCAGAGCCCCAGCGCAAGGCAGCCCCUCCCUCGCCCAGAAAGGAAACCUCAGGGGUGCAGGGAAUAGAAGGGCACCUGAAGGCUAGAGAGGCAAUCGUGGAAGAUCAGAUACCACCAAGUGAUUUGGAGACAGUUCCUGUUGAGAAUAACCACGAUUUCCAUGAAAAGACAGCAGCGCCGAAGCUUGAGGCCGAGGGUGAGGCCAUGGAAGACGCGGCCACACCAGGGGACGACCGAGGCGGCACUCAGGAGCCGGCCCCAGUGCCUGCUGAGCCGUUUGACAACACUACCUACAAGAACCUCCAGCAUCAUGACUACACCAUGUACACCUUCUUAGACCUAAACCUCGAACUCUCAAAAUUCAGGAUGCCUCAGCCCUCCUCAGGCCGGGAGUCACCUCGACACUGAGGGCCCUCAGUGUGAAGAUGAACCUUCCACCGUCUUCGCUGCAUCCUGGAGUGCAAAAAUAAAAUCCACUCAAGAGUCACAAA